AUGUGUCAUGUUUAUUUUAGCUAACCUUCAAAGACUCCUUUAAUAAUUAAGAAACAGUUUCGAUUUCAGUUUUGUAAGUUUUCUUGAUUGUUGCUCCAGUGAAUUUUUUACAGGAAGUCAGAUCAUGACUCAUCACUACAGUCAUAUUAGCAGCAGGUGACUGGGGAACCUAGGGAACUUUUUUCUCCAACUUAAAUUGUAUUUGAACUUUUCAUGAGUCACUUAUCUCUGUUUUAUAACAUGACUCUUCAUUAUCUGUUUUUAUUACCACGAGUGGAAUCACAACGUUAUUAGCGUCACUACAGUAUCAACAUUAAAUUGUUAUUUUACACUGUACCUCAUUUGAUGUUGUAUCCACACAAUGGCUCUUCAUGCAAACAGGAAAGUCCCACAUUAUAAUGACUGAGCUUUAUUUACCCAAACAGUCAGGUAGAAUUACCAUCAAUAUGAAUGUUAACAAGAUGGGGAAAUUACCAGUUAUUUUGUUUUUUGUCAUCUUUGGGGACAAUAAUAAACAAAUGGUUCUUACUCCAAAGCCGUUUUUCCCCCGUCUAGAUGAUGGAUGACUUUAAAGUCUUCCAACAUAGGUGAAAGGAAAACAUGUUCAUCCUAACUUUUUUUUCCUAAAAGUAUUUUAGCUCAGUUGUCAUUGUUGAACAUUAGUUGGUAAUUACUGUGUCAUUAAUUUUAACAGAAGCAGCAGCUGAGUUUCUCCACUCCUAGAGGUCGGACUGAGUUUUACAACAGUGUUGAGAAAAAUAUAGUAUAAUAUAAGUAUAGUAUAAAUAAGCAUAUUUAAUUUUGCAUUUUUAAAAAAAAUUAGUGUCAUUGAGGACAUUUUUACAAUAUUGGCUAACGCUAGAGUUUAAAGGGCAGAUGUGUCACAACUGAUUACACAACCGCCUUACACGCACAAGGUCCUCGGUGAGCCCCAGAGUAACACUUGACGCCUCCUAGGUGUAGCCUGUUGCAACAGACCUGCUGUUAACACAACAACUUCCCCAGUGUGGGAUCAAUAUCGCUCUUGUUCUUGUUCCUGGUAUUUUUCUUCUUCUUCUUCUUCUUCUUAUUAUUAUUAUUUGAUACAGUUUGUGAUCAUACAACGCCCUCUCUCUCACUCACUCUCUACCUCUCUCUCUCCCUUUCUCUUGCUCUCACAUGCAUGUGAGGGUGGCCCCGCCUUCUUUUUUGUAGACUGAAGACUUACUCAGUAGAUAGUCACUGGGUUGUAUAAGUAUUUCAGGUCAAGUAGCUAUCAGAACACAAAGACAAUCACUCCUGUGGCACAUGUCAACGAGCCUUAAGGUUUUUCAGGACCUGGAUUUUAAGGAAAACACCAACCAGAGAGCAUUGUUGUGGAACGACAUUCAGGAAAUCUCUAAGUUUGGAGUUCCUUAAUAUCAUCCCUGUGCUCAUCAUCCUUUACCUCAAGGCUGGACGACUGUGGCAGAACCAUGGCUGUGGUCCUGUGGACGAUGGCACUUACCCUGCUGGUGCAGAGGUCAUUGUUCGCUGUUGGACACUCAGACACUGGCUGCAUGAAGUGGGUCCAACGUGGAGAGCAAGUUUGCUGUGAAGCCUGUUUUCCAGGAAACCAUCUGGUCGCAGAAUGUGGUCUUAGUCCCAAAAAUCUCUGCACUCCCUGUGAGCCGUCGACCUACACGGUCCAGCCCCGAGUCUACAGCUGUGAACCAUGCACACAGUGUGUCGCUGCUCAGGUACUGGUGAAGCAGUGCACCGCCACAAGGGACACCCAGUGUGGCUGUAAAGAAGGCCUCCUCUGUGGUGACAGCGCCUGUUCUUUUUGUGUUGAAAAGUGCGAAAAAGGUCAUGAACCCACAAAGGAUCGUUCUUGCAGACCAUGUCCUGAAGGAACCUUCAACGACCAAAUUCAUCAGAAGUGUAAACCCUGGAGAACCAGGUGUCCCCUCCCGUAUCACAAUAUUGUGGCUUCAGGAGAUGCAUUUUCCGACAUAAAGUGUGCUAAUUUUACACCAGGUCCGUUGCAAACAAAACAAAAAGCUGAAGAGGGCGGAUACCUGGCUUUGAUUGUGGUGAUCGGUGUUGUGCUUGUUGCCUUUAGCAGCAUAAUCUUUGUCAUCUUUGUUGUGGCCAUGAAAAAUCUCCGGAAAAGAAAAAGGCAACAAAAACCAACCACAGACACACCCAUUAUCAGGCCGACUACAGAUGAUCCCAGGACGUUAAUAGCAAUUGAGUGCAGUUUUCACGAGGCCCAGCAAGAGAAAGGAGGCAGCUCUGACUCCGUUUUCUCCAAAGACUCUUCACAGCAGCUCAUUGCGUAAACCCAACAUAGUCUUCCUAUGAAGGUGGGUUUUGACUUACAUCGCCACUAAAACUGUUGUAGUGGUGACACUGUGUAGUACUCAGCCACAUGUUGGGGUUUGUAAACAUCAUAGUCUUUUCUUUUUCUUUUUUUUUUACAAAAAAAGAAAAAAAUAUAUAUACAACCUUGUUAUUAUCAGUGUGACCUUUGCCAAGAGAGUAUGCCAAGAUACUGGGAUUCAGGAAAUCUUCAAAGAAGAGUUAGGGGAAUUCUGAAAGAGACCAAACAAAGGGAACAGACAAGAGUCUGCUCAUUUUGAAGGUUAUAACUUACUCAGUGUUUUUCCCCUUAUCAAAGUUAUGCACCGAUUGGACUAUGAUGAACAGCUUAAACACCUGUUUGUCAAUAUCUCUUAAACUAUCACACACCUUAGUUAUAACAACGUAGGAUUUGAAUGUGUGUGGAUCCAUUUUAUCUCUGGUAGGAGCUAGUUGUACAUGUAAAUGGGGGAGUUAACAAG